AUGAAGAAGUGCCCAUUGCAUUUAUUCAAAUUUUAUAAAUUAACUUUAUUGUAAAUAUGUAUUUUUACAUACAAUAUGAAUUCGUUUAUUGUAGUAGAGAAAAACAAUAGAUCUGAUUAAGUGUGUUAGUACUCUAUUUGUGUAGUGUUAAUUUAUAUUUGAAAUGCACAAUGUCUAUGAAUUAUGUUUUCGGUUUCUCUCUAUUUCUACUCUUACUUGUAGCAUUAAAUAUAUACUUUUUCUAUACCUUAAUACCGAUAGGUAAAAAAUCUGUAAAUUUUAACGUUCCCAGUAUGAAAGUAGAUCAAUCGCCUAGCGUGUUUAAAGAUAUCUAUGACUACCUCAACUAUCUUCCUAGUCAAUAUAAAAGUCGUAACUCCAAGUUCUUCCCACUUCAAAAAGCUUUACUGACUUCAUUUAGCCCAUCAAAUAAUAUCCAAGAUGAUUGGCCAGAUCUAAGCCAGGUAGGCACUGGAAGUUCACUGUACCCUCAUAAGAAUGGAGUUGCGGGACAAAUGUUACACACUAUAAAGACAGCACCCAUUGUCCUUGUUGACAACGCACCUAAAGGAACACAACUCAAAUUGCUUCUGCUAUUAGAGGGAAAACAGAAGCUGUACUUCAAACCAAAGAGGUAUGAAAGAGAUCAUAUAAUACAUGGAGGUAUUGUGGCUGGUUUUGAUAGGCACAACUCCGAAGUGUUUGCUUACUAUCUUGCCAUGACUCUGAACUUCACUUGGAUACCUCCCUCAGUGAUAAGGAAAAUUCAUGUGGAUAGAGAAAUAGUUCCUGUUGCUACAAUAGGAUUGAAAAGAACUAUGAUAAGAAAUGGCAAUGGUGGGCGUUGUAUCUAUGGCAAAUGCUUUUAUUGUAAGAUAAAUGAGACUGUAUGCCCCGACAAUAAGGGCGAGAUUGAAGGAGCAGCAAUCUUAUACUUAGACAAACCAUUCCAAUUCCAAGUGUUCAAGUCACCAUGGCACCGCAACUACAGAGAUUCGAAACUAAUGGAAUGGCAAAGAGAUAAUGAUUUUUGUAAAAAAGUUACAGGAACUUUGAGCUCAAAAAGAAUAUUAGACUUGGUAGACAUUUCAAUAUUCGACUUUUUGAUCCAAAAUGGAGAUAGACACCGUUAUGAAAUGUAUAAAGACAGAAUUCUACUUCUGGAUAAUGGAAAAGGUCUUGGAAACCCAGCGAUUGAUGAAUUGGAUAUAUUAGCUCCACUUUACCAAUGCUGCAUUCUAAGACUGACGACAUGGAAAUAUUUAGAGCUGCUUUCUGGUGGCAGCCUGACUGAAACAAUCAAACUAAUGUCCGCAUUUCAAGGUGGAAAGUUAGUGAUGGAAGACCAUUUCAAAGCCGUGGAACGCAGGCUUCUGAAAGUGUAUGCCACUGUACAAUAUUGCAUAGGGAGACAUGGUAGUGCCAAAGUGUUUAAAACAUAAUGGUCAUACUAAUAAUAAUAAUUAACGGAGUUGGUCAGUAGAAGUAUUUUACAGAUGGCGCUAGCAUAGGUUUUCCUGUCAAUACCUAGAAUUGUGUCAAUUUUUUUUGUUUAGUUUUUGGAAUUUUAUGGCCCUUCCUUUAGACCAAAUCUCAAUUCUCAUAGAACAAAACUAGAAACAGGGAAAACCUAUGCUGGCGCCAUCUAUGCAAUCGUUUGACAGUUGGCAACCCUAUUGACGAUUGGCGAACCUUAUUGCAAUGAGAUAAAGCUUACUUUGUUCAGGGUGUUGCUGAUUGUACAACAUUAGAUUUGUAAGGGAAAAGAAUA